AGGAAGCUGUGCCUGGUGCACUAUGGGAUACUGGAUGAGUCGUUGAUUCACUAGCGCCUAGUGCACUAUGGGCUCUUGGAGGAGUUGUUGAUUCUAAUAGUUUCUGGUGUGAGGAGACGGUGAUGGCGAUGAAAUGUAGUUUGAGAUCAUUAGCUGUGUGGAGUCGAGUGAAUUUGCGCCUUGGAGGCGUUGCUUUCUAUUCUACUGUAUUUUCGCCAACUCCUACGACGUCGCCCGAAGCGGUAACAAGAAGCAAAAGAAAACCUUCAAAAGAAAAACAAAGGAGAGAGCCAGUACCUCCAAGGACUGAAAAGAUGGAAGUGGACCAGAAUUGGUGCAAUGUGUACCCAACAGCUGCAGCAUUUAAACCUUCUGUUGUACCGCUUCCUAUUCGCAUGGGCUAUCCAGUGAAGAGAGGAGUACCUCCAAACAAGAUAGGAAACCUGGAGCUCAUGAAAAUUUCAAAUUUCUUACAUCUCACUCCACCCGCAAUAAAACGACAUUGUACAGCUUUAAAAGAGUUCUGCACUGAGUGGCCAGCAAUGCUUGAUAGUGAUGAAAAAUGUGAGCAUCAUUUCCCAAUCGAAAUUAGGACAACAGACUAUGUUGCAGCAGGACCCUCUGUACGCAAUCCCAAGGCUAGAGUGGUUACCAUGACAAUUAGACUCUCGAGUCUGAAUUUGGAUGAUCAUGCUAAGAAGAAAUUCAUUAAACUUGUAGGAAAUCGAUACAACAAAGACACAGAUAUACUUACCAUUACGACAGACAGAUGCCCACUGCGGCGGCAGAAUUAUGAUUAUGCCAUGUAUUUGCUCACUGUUUUGUACCAUGAGUCAUGGAAAACUGAAGCAUGGGAAUUGGACAAAACAGAAGCUGAUAUGGAUGAAUAUAUUUGGGAGAACAGUCAAUCUGAGAAAAAUGCUUUGGAUACAAUCUUUAGAAUGAGAAAAGCUGAAAAAUUACCAGUUUCAAAGGAAGACAUAAUUAGCUCCCCAGAAGUCCACAAUUACAAGCUAUCUGUGGUGAAUAUUAAAAAUGUAGGAGAAACAGAAAAUGGCAUUUCACAAUAUAAAGAAUCUGUAAAGAAACUGCUAAAUUUGCAGAUUGCAGCAUAAUCAAGGGCACUGCACAGACUUUGUUUAAAAAUCUUAUUUAAGUUACAGGUGUACAAGUAAAACAUCUAUAAAGAAAGUGUUAUUUGCUAAUUUCUGAACAAACUUAUUUUAAUUUUCACAGAUCUGUUUGUAUGGAAAGUAUGUCAAUUCUGUGAAUAAAAUUUGUUCUUUCUCGUUA